AUGUCAAAUUUUGAGCAGUUUCGCUAUGACUUUUACCAGUCCAAUUACACCAUAGAUGACCAAGAAGAAGGUUACAACAGUUAUGGGUCUAGUGAAAAUCUUAGUGCAAGAAGAAAGUGCCAGAUAGGAGACCAACCUCCAGCCAAUGCUUUUGUCCCCUCGGAAAUGCUUCUGCCCUCUCAGAGUUACACAGGUCAGAUUUUACAGCCGACAUACAGUCCCAACACACUCUCUCACCUUAGCUACACUGAUGGUUUUGAUGAGGAACCUCCUUUGCUAGAAGAACUGGGGAUCAAUUUUGAGCAUAUAUGGCAGAAAACCUUAACGGUUCUAAAUCCGAUGAAACCUGCAGAUGGCAGCAUUAUGAAUGAGACGGACCUCACAGGACCUAUGGUUUUCUGUUUGGCCCUUGGAGCAACGUUGCUGCUGGCAGGAAAAGUUCACUUUGGCUAUGUGUACGGUGUGAGUGCCAUUGGGUGUCUUGCUAUACAUGCACUACUGAACCUGAUGAGCAUCUCUGGAGUCUCACAUGGCUGCGUUGCAAGUGUUUUGGGAUAUUGCCUGCUACCCAUGGUGAUUCUGUCCACUUCUGCACUCGUCUUCUCACUACAGGGGAUCCUGGGAACUUUGUUAGCCCUGUUUAUUAUUGGAUGGUGCAGUUUGUCAGCGUCCAAAAUUUUUACCUCUGCCUUGGCCAUGGAAGGACAGCAGCUUCUUAUUGCAUACCCGUGUGCUUUAUUGUAUGGACUCUUUGCACUUUUAGCGGUUUUCUGA